CCUGCUUUCUGCAAUUUGCGAUGGAUUGGUCGUCUUUGUCAACGGAAAGUCGCGUUUCCAGUUUGGACGACAGUACUCUUAGCGAAAUGGCCGGAUACCUAGGUAUCGACGAUACGGAGCGCAAUUGGCUUGCGUUGCUAAACGAAAUGAUCGCGUUUGUGGACAGUAGUGUCAUCGACAGUCUGUACCGUAAGAAUCACCAGGCUGCUGCUGAGGAACUAAUGAAAGUUUUGCAGAGGAGUAGAGUCGGUGUUGUAGAUCUCGCGAACGCUUUGAGCAAUAUUGGGAAUAGGAUGGCAUUGUCAUUGCUCUUUCCUCCAGUUAAGCCUCAAAUAAGAAGCCACCCAUUGAGUGUCUAUGAGCCAGCAAAGACAAAGGUAACAUUGAAAUGCGAAGUAUUCGGCAACCCACCACCUCUGUGUAUGUGGUGGACAAGAAAGGGAGACAACGAAGAAUGGAAGCCUGUUGGAGAAGCUGAACAAAGUUUUGUGAUACGAAGUCUUCAUGUGCUGAAUGAAGGACAGUACUGCUGUGUAGCUGCUAACAAGGUUGGCAAAGUCUGGUCAAAUAUUGCAGUUGUGUGCCUAGAGCCAAGAGAGUGUGAUCCAAAGUUUGUGGAUGAACCCGAAACGCCUCAGUUUUGUGUUGUGGGAGGUGUGCAGUCAGUUUGCUUGAACUGUGAAGCUGUAGCUAUUCCACAUCCUCGGUAUCAAUGGUAUUGUAAUGAGCAGGCUCUCACAGAAGGAACAGGACCUGUUCUCAAUGUAAAUCUUGGUGGUUUCUACUACUGUGUAGCAUCCAAUAGUUUGGGGAGAGCUCAAACGCAAAUUAUUCAAGUGUUGUUGGUCCGUAAAGAAGCACCCUCUAGUGUAAAAGACAAAGGAGCCAGACAUUUAGAGGAAUAUUAUCAAAACCACAAGCUCAUUUUGACUGCACCAUCAGAAAUUCUAGCUAUGGGUCCUUUAGCUCAGAAGGCCUACCUUGAAGCAUUAGCAAGUGGUGAUGUCCCUUAUCGGCGAUUUUUGCUUAUGACUGUAGGUAAAGAUAGGGCUGGAAAAACAUCACUUGUAAAAGCUCUACUCGGUGAGUCAGUUGAUCCUGAAUACAUUGAGGACAGCACAGCAGGCAUUGAUGUUAAAUUAAUUUGGUGUAAACGUGAUGGUAAGAAGUGCACUUUCCACAAGUUAGAUGAUUUGGCAGACGAACUGAAGACAAUCAAGAGGCUGCAAGCACGUUACUUGGCUGAGAAAAUUGUCAAGGAAAGAAAAGACAUCGAGUUGAAAACAGGAGAUCAUCUUGACUCAUUUCCUAGCAGUUUUAGCAAAAAAAUGAAUCUGCAAGACCAUACCACAGAAUUGUCAGAAUUUUAUGAUCGAUUAACCUCUGCUAGCACUGAGAACUUUAGUAGCACUUUGUCAGCUACUCCUGAUGGAAGUGCGUCUGUGUCUCAAAGAGUCAGCAAUCCAAGUUUCUCUACUGUCAAUACCAGUCAGUCAAGUGUAAGUAGUCAGUGGGAAGUUCUUUCAACUGAUGACAAUUUGACAGAGGAAAUGAAGCUCUUGUUGCAGAAGGAGUUACAACAGCUGUCUGAGUGUGAUGAAACAGGAGGCGAUAGCUGUGAUAACAACUAUACAGAUUCAAGAUUAGAAAGUGGUUGUCUGUGGAUUAGAAUUUAUGACUUUGCUGGUCAACCCCUCUAUUAUAAUUCACACUUCUCCUUCAUGGUUGAUCGUGGAAUCUAUCUUAUUGUGCAUAAUCUGAAGGAUGAUCUCAACACUCGUACUGUUGUUCAGGUUGGUCGAGACAGUCAGAACUAUUCCAUUCCACAAGAGACAAGUUAUACCAAUUUGGAAUAUAUCAAGAAUUGGGCAUCAGCAGUUUCUGCAACUUGCCCUGUUUUGUCUGAGCAAACAACAAAAUCCAUAUUUUUGGUGGUUGGCACUCACUAUGAUGAAAUUAGGAAAUUACAUCAAAGCAUUGGAGACCGAAUGCAGUUUCUCACUGCUAGAGAACAGUUAAUCCGGCAUGAAAUUGAAUCAGCCCCACUAUCACGGCAUUUUUGUGAGCCAUUUUUCUAUAUUGACAAUACACAAUCACAUGAUGAAGAUAAGGCAGAAUUAGAUGCUCUAAGGAGCAAAAUUGUUGAGUUAGCAGAAAGUGAUUGGCAAGAUGGCGAGUGCAAGCUGGGCAGUGAAGUUUCCUUGCCUUACUCUUGGCUAAGGUUUGAAGUGGAGCUCUACCAGGAAGCAGCUGUGAAUCCUAGACCGUAUCUUUUGUAUGAUGAGGCAAUAGAGAGAGCUUCUCAAUGUUUGAAUAAGCGGUACUCUGUUGAUGAGGUCACUGCGCAAUGUAACUCUAUGCUGGAAUUUUAUGAUCGUCUUGGUGUUUUGAUGUGGUUUCAAUCCGAAGGGUUGAAAAACUAUGUUCUGAUUGAUCCACAACGGGUCCUCAAUUUGUUUAAGCGAGUUAUCAGUCUGGAGCCACAUUUUAGUAAACAGCAGACAAUGAAAGACUUUUGGGAAAAGUUAAGACGUAGCGGUGUGAUUGAACGACAAGACCUAAACCUGAUGUUGAAUGAUGCUGUAACCAAGGAAAAUGAAUUAAUGGUGGAGAGAAGAAAAAAUAUGGGACUCACAGCUGAAUUACCUGCAGGAUCUGACAAGUCUGAUGAGCGCAAAGAAUUCUUUUUCUUAAUGCUACAAAGGUUUUAUCUGCUGGUUCCCUACAUUACCAAAAGUAAAAGCUACCACUCUACUGGUUGUUACAGACGACUGCUGAUUCCAUCAAUGAUCACAUGGAAUCCCCCUUUGCAUAUGUUUUGUGUUUAUCCUUCUGAUGCUCCGAGCAUUUUGCUUUCUUCAAGUCAUCAGAUUGUACCAGAUGCUUUGUUUAAUCGGCUUGUAGCUUUUUGUGUUUGGCGCUACCCCUUAUGUCCUCAGGUAUAUCGCUAUUUUGCAAGGCUCCACGUUGAUGAAAAUCAUGAUCUUCUGCUGUUCAAUCGGACAGUAGAGAGUGAACAUGAAUCUGGAAAGAUUAAACUAGUGAUGCAUAGAUUGGAUGACAAGUCAAAGAUGACUGACCCAAAUUUGUGCAGUCAAGCUUUGCGCUAUGUUGUUGAUUCUAUUGCUGAAGUUCGAAACCAAAGGAUGCACGGACUACGGUUUACACUUCAAGGAGAAAUAAUACAAGAUGGCUAUGAAACAGUGAAACCAGUCUUCAAUGGUAAUUGUAGACAUUGUCAAGAGUCAUGUGGUGAAGCAGAAUGCAUUGACCACAUAGCUCAACAUUUGAGUGAAAGUGUUGAAAAUGGACAAAUUACGAAUAAAGUUCAUAACGGAUGUCAAGCGCGUGUCACUAGUGCAUUUGCUCAGCGUUUGUGGUUUUGUCGCUGGCUGCAUCAAGAGAAGGCUAAUUGUGCACCUACAAUCACCGAGGCUGGUGUACAACCUGAUGAUGUCGAUGACGCUAUCAAAGUACUUUCAAAUUCUGAUUCCAAGUUUAUUGAUAAGAAGGAUGAGCAACACUACAAAGUCGUGAUUGACUCCCGUCUUGAUCUUAGUUGUUUAUUGGAAGAAGAUGGUUGUGUGUAUCAGUAUCAAUGGUUCAGAGCAGGUACACCACUACAGAAUGAAAACAAGCACUUUUACAGGAUUGACAAGUUUCAGAAAGGUACACAUAGUGGUAUCUAUACAUGCAAAGUUACAUGUAUGGAUGAGAUGAAGUUCUAUGGGCCUCUGUUGCUUCAAGCCAAACCUAAGCGAGACCACAAGCUCUGUUGUUCUAUUAAGGCUGUAGUCCACGUUGAUGGAAAGCUAAUUCAACGGCGAAAAUCUGUGUCUCUUGGCCAUUGUUUUCGGAUGAGGGUUGAGAUUGAACCAUCAGAGAUGGCAAAGAGCGAAGGUCUGCGGUUGCAGUAUAAGUGGCAGCAAAAUGGCAAGGACAUCCCAAAUGCCACCAAUAAAGAAUUGUGUAUUGAGCAUGUACAGGAUUUCCAUGAAGGUGUUUACCGCUGCCAAAUUUUGGAGGAAGGUAUAAGCAACGAUGACGAAUCAGAUGAGUAUUCUGAAAAUUUUGAAUUACACAUGGCAUCACCGGACUGGCAUGAAGAUCCUCACUGGAGAGAUCAGGCUAAGCUAUACAGACAAAAGCAAGAUCGUGUACAAUCGCGCAAAGAUGACACUGAUUGUCGACAAGCUACAGACAAGGUGGCUUUAUUGAUUGGAAACUUUAAGUAUGAAAAAAUGCCAAUACUGAUCUCUCCGGAAAACGAUGUGGCUAGAAUUUCUAGUCUCCUCAAGCAACUGGGUUUCAAAGUUCUUACAUACGUCAAUCUUAACUUUUUUGACAUGAUUCAUGUCUUACGGAUGUUCUGUGAAAUGAUUCACAAUGGAGUGUAUGCUCUAAUGUACUUUGCUGGGCAUGGUAUUGAGUAUAAUAAUGAGACAUACAUACUGCCAAUUGAUGGUGAUGAUAUCCAACAACCAAUAGUUGGUUUUCGUGAAAGAGCAAUUGAGUAUGAAAUGCAGAUGAGAGAGGCACGGCUAAGUGUUCUUCUUUUGGACUGCUGUAGAACUAGACCUCGUUCUAGUUUGGGGAAAUGCCGAUGCUCUUUACCUUCAUUAGGAAUUGGAUCUUUGAUUACUCAUUAUAGCUGCUGCUCUAUGCAAUCAGCUUAUGAGCCUCGUCCUAGAUCACAACCUAACACUUCUAUUUGCAGCAAUUAUGCUAAUCAGUUGAUCAAAUCACUACAAGAACUGAAGGAAUCUAAAGAUUAUCAGACUGUGCUAGAUGUUUUCACCAAAGUAAACGAAGAAGUUGGUAAGCAGAGGAAAGCUAUGCAAAGUAUGGUGUGGCAGGUGCCACAAAGGAGGGAUCACAUAGUGGAGAACUUGUCUCUGGCAGAUGAGGUCAAUGCAUCCAGCAAACCUGCAAGGGAAAACACUCAAAUCAUCAAGAAAGUUUACUCACCCAUUUCUUCAGUGUUUGAGUACAUCAGUGGCUUUCGCGUGGAACUGCAUUGUGCACAUUGGCUCUGUAAUGUCUUGCUGAUUGGAGCUCGAAUUCUACAUAGAGAUGGUCAUGAUGCAGGUAUUGAAUUGCAGUUUUGUUCCUGUGGAGAUGAAAUUGGGAUUGAAUCUACAAAACUGGAUAUUGAUGAAUAUAAAAUGGUUCAUGAAACAUUGGAAAACUGUCAGUCUGUGGCUGCACUGGCAAAGUGCCGACAUUUUAGGAAGGUUUCCAACAUUCAGUUGGCAACUAGCAAUCUUCUUCCAAUUGAAUUGCACAUAGAUGGUAUAGGACAAAAGAGUUUCAACUUUGACAUUUCAUCUGUUACUGAUUAUACAAGGUCAUCUUACCAACAUGGCAAGAAGAUCAAAGCAUGUGACAGUCAUUGCUGUCCUGUUUAGACUAAAAGAGAAGUAAAUUUUAGCUGGGAAUACGUAGCGAUAACUAUUGCUUGUGGCCAUUACUUAGUGUUCACUAUUUAGAAAUUAGGUACUGGUGGCCACACGUUUUUAGCAGCGUUGUUAUGAUAUUCAGUGGAAAUAUGGGUAUACGCGCGUGCGUAUAUUUUGUAACACCAUAUAGCUAGACGUUGUGCCCUAGCUGUGCAC